GACUCCUCUGCCUCAGAUGUCUAUAAAUUUGAGGGACAAUCCAUUCCAUUGACAUUACAAUAUAGCGCAAAAAAUCUAGAGGCGUGUUUUCUCCUCCAACUAUGGGAGAAGCGCAUUAUGCAACCGCAACCACCACCUUCUCCGGCGAUUUCUACCCUUGUCAAAUCGCCAAUCAAAAUUAUCGUGAAUUGCCUAAACCCGACGUUCAAAUUAUUACCUCCGGUGGUCUACGCAUUCCGGCGCACAGUAGUGUCCUGGCAUCCGUGUCAUCCGUGCUUGAGAAUAUUAUUGAUAGACCCCUCAAGCAUCGCAGCUCCGAGAGAAUUAUUCCCAUUCUCGGCGUUCCUUGCGAUGCCGUUGCGUCGUUCAUUCGGUUCAUAUAUUCCUCCAGGUGCGAUGAGGAGGAGCUGGAGAAGUAUGGGAUCCAUCUACUGGCAUUAUCCCAUGUUUAUCUGGUCCCAAAUCUGAAGCAGAGGUGCGCCAAGGCUGUGGGUCAACAUUUGACGAUUGAGAAUGUGGUCGACGUGCUUCAAUUGGCAAGACUCUGCGAUGCACCGGACCUUUACCUCAAGUGCAUGAAGUUGGUUAAUGGCCAUUUCAAGGCUGUACAGAAGACUGAAGGAUGGAAAUUCGUGCAAAAUCAUGACCCUUGGCUAGAACUCGAGAUUCUCCAAUUCAUCGAUGAAGCUGAAUUGAGGAAAAAGAAAUCGAGGAGGCAUAGGGAGGAGCAGAGCCUGUACAUGGAGCUGAGUGUAGCAAUGGACUGCUUAGAGCACAUAUGCACCGAAGGAUGCACGAGCGUCGGGCCGUAUGACAUGCAGCCCACCAAGAAGAGAGGACCGUGUAGCAAGUUUUCCACAUGUCAAGGUAUCCAGCUUCUGAUCAAGCACUUCGCCACCUGUAAGAAUCGCGUUAAUGGAGGUUGCUCCCGUUGUAAGCGGAUGUGGCAGCUACUAAGGCUUCACUCUUCCAUAUGUGACCAGCUUGAGUCAUGCAAAGUUCCUCUUUGCAGGCAAUUCAAAUUGAAAAUGCAACAAGAGAAAAAGGGAGAUGAUCCUUUAUGGAGGUUACUGGUAAAGAAGGUAGCGUCUGCCAGAGUUAUGUCUUCUCUCAAAUUGCUCAAGAGGAAAAGAGAAGAGCAACCGAGGGAGAUGGUACAGGACCAUGGGUUAAGGACCUUCAGAUUGUAAUUCAACUAGAACAAAGUGUGGUGCUGCAAGAUUCAUUAUAAUGUUUGUUCUUGUUGUGGAUAUUAAAUAAGCUGUAAUGAGGUGGUUUUUGUUAGGAAAAAAAGGGAGAGAGAAAGAAAAAGAGAAGUCAGCAUUUUGGUUAGUCCUUUGCACUCGUUUGUUUAUGAAGAGUCUGUGAAGGAGUAGAAGAAAGUGUGAAUUAGAUAAUGAAGUUGAGUGAAAUAUUAUUGUAUAUGAAGGAAAAGGUAGUGGUUAAAGUGGUUGCAUGUAAUAUAAUUUUCUCUAUAAAUGCAAGUAGCUCAUAGUUUGCCCUUC